AUGAGAACAUCUGCUAACCGAAGAGCUUAUAUUUACGGGCUUCCAGCAUUGCUUCUGGCAUUUGUUGUAUUGUGGAAUGAGAGUUGGUCUUACUGGUGGCUAUCAACACAGUGGCCAGAACAUGAAGAAAAUGGGCGAUGUGAUCGCAUUAUCAUUGUUGCUGAUCCUCAGUUGAUAGGUUAUCGGAAUGAGAAAUACGGAGCGAUCGCUAGAUGGGACAGUGAUAGAUAUCUUUCAACUGGGUACGGUUAUGCAAAAUGGAGAUUCAGGCCUAACGCUGUCAUUUUUCUUGGUGACUUAUUUGAUGAAGGGCUAGAGUCAAAUGACGACGAGUGGCAUGAAACCUAUGAACGCUUCGUCGGAAUCUAUACUAUCGAUGCAGGCGAUAACUCAAUUUAUAUUGCUGGGGACAAUGACAUCGGCGGUGAAUCAGAGAUAAUUUCGGAGUCACGGAGGAAUCAGUUCAAUAACUAUUUUCGAAACAAUGUUACUGACUUGAAAAAUCGAUACUCCUUCAGCGAAACUUAUCUUUUUGAAAACCAGAAUUUGAAACAUUUAACAAAAGCGCAAGUUUCAAUUGCUAAGAUUAUGCUGACACACGUUCCUUAUCUUGUUGAAGGAUACAAGCAUACUGAUGUGGGAUUGAAUAUGGACUUAAUACUGUCGGCUCACGAUCAUACGACGGGAAUCUAUGAAUAUCAAAGAUCAGCACCUCGGGCGGUCCUUUUUACCAGAGUUUCUGAUGCGUCCCCUACGUAUAUUAAAACAAUUGGACCAAGUGAGCCUCUGAUAGAACUGCAAACGCCUACAUGCUCAUAUCGGUGA